GACUACACUAGAAAUUCCUGCACAAUGAGCUUUCACAUAAUUCUUUAACUGAGUUAUUGGGAGUGAAAGGUAGUUCCCAUCAAUCAUUCCAUAACCUUUAAACUUUUUAACACAGCAUGAAGAUUGAUCAAUGUCUUCUUCCUCCUUCCCACAGAACAGAGUCAAAGAAACAAAGCAUCAAGAUCUCUUAACUUGCAAUUAUAUCCCAACUUAUUACCAUCCACUAUGAAAACCUCUACUUCCAAACUCUUAGGCUUCCUACUCUUUUCCUUUUUCUACCAUUGCCAAGCGUGUCCACAUUACAAGUUUGUUGUGAAGGAAGUUCCAUAUACGAGACUAUGCAGCACGAAGAACAUACUCACCGUCAAUGGCCAAUUUCCGGGUCCUACUUUAUAUGUUAAUAAAGGAGACACCAUCGUUGUAGAUGUUUACAACAGAGGAAAAUAUAACAUCACCCUUCAUUGCAAGCCUGGGUUCCUUCGAACCCACCCAGGCGUUGGGUUCGCAAGGAACCCAGCACGCUUGCCCGGGUUGGGUUCCAAGGAACCCAGGGGUUACGCCUGGGUUCCAACCCACACCGGAACCCAGGCGCUGGGUUCCCAGGCGAACCCAUGCCUGGGUUCCAACCCACGCCGGAACCCAGGCGCUGGGUUCCAUGGAACCCGCGCCGGGGUUCCAAGGAACCCACGCGCUGGGUUCCCAGGCAAACCCACGCCUGGGUUUGAAGGAACCCAAGCGCUAGGUUCCCUCGAACCCACGCCUGGGUUCUUCGAACCCAGGGAAAUUUUUAGAUUCAAGGUGAACAAAGGUUUGACUUAUCUCCUUCGAAUAGUCAACUCCAUCAUGCUAGAUAGCCUCUUCUUCUCUGUUGCCAACCAUACUAUCACAGUGGUUGGAUCUGACGGUAACUAUCUAAAACCAUUCAAGAGAACCUUCAUUUACAUAUCCCCAGGCCAGACCAUUGAUGUCCUUCUAGAAGCCAACCAAAGUCCCGAUCAUUAUUACAUGGGUGCCAGCGUGUUCUCCAUUGCUGUGGCAGGUGCUUACAACAACUCCACCACCACAGCUAUUGUAGAAUAUAAUGGAAACUACACUCCAUCCUCGCUGCCGGUGUUCCCCCAUCUUCCUAGCCAUAAUGACACAGAAGCAACCCUUAAUUUUACCGCUAGUCUUCGGAGUUUAGCUGAUAAGGAGCAUCCAGUUGAUGUGCCAAUGGAAAUAAACACACAUUUGUUCUAUACUCUCUCAAUGAACACUCCAUGCAAAAACCACUCCUGCCCAGAUGGUGCAUGGAGACUCUUAGCCAGUGUGAACAACAUAAGCUUCAUCAAUCCCAGCAUUGAUAUAUUACAAGCUUACUACUGCUGCAUUCAUGGUGUGUUUGGGACUAAUUUUCCUGAUUUUCCUCAAUUAUAUUUUGACUUCACUGCCGAUUAUUUACCGAUGGAGUGGGAGUAUCCGCAACUAAGGACGGAAGUGAGGAUGCUAGAUUACAAUUCCACCGUGGAGCUGGUUUUCCAGGGGACAAACUUGCUAAACGGUAGUGACCAUCCGAUGCAUCUUCAUGGAUAUAAUUUUUAUGUUGUGGGGUUGGGUAUGGGGAAUUUUGAUAAGGACAAGGAUCCCUUAAUGUACAAUCUGGUGGACCCUCCUCUUCAAAACACCAUUCAUGUUCCAAAAAUUGGAUGGAUGACCGUAAGAUUCAAGGCUAACAAUCCUGGAGUAUGGUACAUGCAUUGCCAUUUUGAUCGACACAUGGUUUGGGGCAUGGAUACAGUGUUCGUAGUUAAAGAUGGCGAAUCUCCGGAGGCCAAAAUGUUACCACCACCACCUGACAUGCCUCCAUGUUAAGGCUAUCCCAAUUAAAUCCAAGGUUGCAAAGUCUUUGGGUCAAGAAAGAUAUGUCCUCCCAUAUACAUAUCUGGACAAAAAGAACCAUUGUAAUCCUUGAAAGUAUUUUGCUAAAUGGUUCUAUUUAGCGGAAGAAUUCUAUCAUUUGAAGGCUUGUUUUUAGUUUUUUUUUUUUCCCAACAAAUAAAUAUUUUUUAUUAUU